UGAGGGUUUGCUGGUGUUGUCCAGGAGCGGGACAGGGUGCAGAAUGGACUCGCUGGAUCACAUGCUGACGGACCCCCUGGAGCUGGGACCCUGCGGGGAAGGCAAUGGCACGCGCAUCAUGGAGGACUGCAUGCUGGGCACCACCCGGGUCAGCCUGCCCGAGGACCUUCUGGAGGAUCCUGAGAUCUUCUUUGAAGUGGUCAGCUUGUCCACGUGGCAGGAGGUGCUGACAGAUGCGCAGCAAGACCACCUGAAAAAAUUCCUGCCUCACUUUCCUGAAAACAACCGAGAGCAUCAGAACAAACUCAUCUCUGCGUUGUUCAGCGGUGAAAACUUCCGUUUUGGAAAUCCACUGCACAUCGCCCAGAAACUCUUCCGGGAUGGACACUUCAAUCCUGAAGUUGUGAAAUACCGGCAGCUGUGCUUUAAGUCCCAGUACAAACGCUACCUGAGCUCUCAGCAGCAGUACUUCUACCGACUGCUUAAGCAGAUUCUCGCAUCUCGCAAUCACUUGCUGGAGUUAGCUAGGAAAGGAGGCCCUGAUAUGACCCGAAGGAGGAAGCACUUCUCCAUGACAACGUACGACACAGAAGAACGAGAAAGACGGACACAUCGGCGCUACUUGAAGAUUCUGAGGGAAGUGAAAGAGGAGUGUGGAGACACUACCUUGUCUUCUGAUGAAGAAGAUCUAAGCUCCUGGCCUCCAAGCUCUCCAUCACGUUGUCCAAGUCCACCAGUUCCCCUGAGAGUGAUCCCCACGCUGUCAACCAUGGACAUGAAAACAGCAGACAAGAUAGAACUUGGGGAAAGAGAUCUGAAGAUCAUGUUGCGGAAGCACCAUGAGAAACGAAAACGUCAACCUGACCACCCUGAUCUGGUGACGACAGACGUGACUCUUGAGGACAUUAUGACUCGAGUAAAUGCUGGCAGGAAGGGUUCUUUAGCAGCCUUAUUUGACCUUGCAACCCUCAAGAAAAAGGUGAAGGAAAAGGACGAUAAGAAGAAAAAAAAGCUGAAGAUUAUUAAAUCUGAGGUGGAAGAUUUGGCUGACUCUCUUAGCAAUGCAGAUGGAAUCCCACCGAUGUCGCAGGAUCCUUCCCCCAUCCCUCUGUCGUCUGUCAAAGAGGAACCUCUUGAAGAGAUGAAGCCGUGCCUCGGAAUAAAUGAAAUAUCUUCCAGCUUCUUUUUCCUUCUUUUGGAGAUACUGUUUCUGGAAGGACCUGCUACUCUCUCUGUGCUUGAAGAUAAAAUUCUAGAUUGGCAAUCAUCUCCUGCCAGUGCACUAAACAACUGGUUCUCCUUUGCCCCUAACUGGUCUGAACUGGUUUUACCUGCCUUGCAGUACUUGACAGGUGACAGCAGAGAUGUUCCUUCCAGCUUCUCACCUUUUGUUGAAUUCAAGGAAAAAACUCAGCAGUGGAAAUUGCUUGGUUCCUGCCAAGAUCACGAGAAGGAAUUGGCAGCACUGUUUCAGCUGUGGCUGGAGACCAAAGACCAGACUUUUUUCAAAGAAAAUGAAGACAGCUCAGAUGCCACAACACCAGUUCCCAGAGUAAGGACUGACUAUGUAGUCCGACCUAGCACUGGAGAGGAGAAACGUGUGUUUCAGGAGCAGGAGCGUUACCGUUACAGCCAGCCCCACAAAGCUUUCACUUUCCGUAUGCAUGGCUUUGAGUCAGUUGUUGGGCCUGUGAAGGGGGUGUUUGACAAGGAAACUUCAUUAAACAAAGCCCGAGAGCAUUCUCUCCUACGCUCAGACAGACCUGCAUAUGUCACCAUCUUGUCCCUUGUUCGUGAUGCUGCUGCUCGCCUUCCUAAUGGAGAAGGAACUCGUGCUGAAAUCUGUGAGCUGCUUAAAGAUUCCCAGUUCCUAGCUCCUGAUGUCACAAGUGCUCAAGUUAAUACUGUUGUUAGCGGUGCGCUGGAUCGAUUACAUUAUGAGAAAGAUCCCUGUGUGAAAUACGAUAUUGGACGCAAGUUGUGGAUCUACUUGCACCGGGACAGGAGCGAGGAAGAGUUCGAACGGAUCCACCAGGCUCAAGCUGCUGCAGCAAAGGCCAAGAAAGCUCUUCAGCAGAAGCCAAAACCUCCAGCUAAAAUGAAGUCUAGUAGCAAGGAGAGUUCUGUGAAAGCGCUUCCCAGCAGCACAUCAGAGCCCAGUCAGCUGAGCCUUAGUGACUCCAGCAUGCCACCAACUCCCGUGACUCCUGUGACACCCACUGCACCGGCAUUACCAGCAACGCCUAUUUCACCUCCCCCAGUGUCUGUGGUUAGCAAGAGUGUAUCUAGUGCUGGACCAGAACCAGCAAAACCCAGCCAGAGCGUUCUCCUGGUAUCAUCCCCGACUAUGCCACAGCUCGGGACGUUGCUUUCCACAGCCCAGAGUCCACAGACGCAGCCGGGGCCGCAGCCACCUCCCACCCGGGUGGUAAGUCACACCACCUCCUCGGGACUGCCGCAGGUCCGGGUGGUCACCGCCCAGUCCAGCCUCCCCGCUGUGUCUCAGCAAGCCCCGAUGGUCACCCAGCAGCAGCAACCUACAUCAGUGCCUCAAAUCCGUGUUCCAGCCACAGCCACACAAACCAAAGUUCUCCCUCAGCCUGUGAUGACUCUGCCAGUAAAAGCUCAAACCAGCCCAGCGCAGGUGCAAAGACCCGGCAGCUCCGUGACAGGACAGACGGGGAUCACUGUGACGGGACUGUCUGCAGCACCCAGUCCUGCAGUAAAGCCAGUAACCAGCUCUCCAGGCAGUUCUGCUCCAAGCACCUCCUCUACCACUGUCAUCCAGAACGUAGCUGGUCAGAAUAUCAUCAAGCAGGUGGCUAUUACAGGACAACUAGGCAUGAAAACCCAGCCUGGAAGUGGGAUCCCACUCACAGCGACCAAUUUUCGGAUCCAAGGAAAGGAUGUGUUGCGCCUACCCCCGUCCUCUAUCACCACAGACGCGAAGGGACAGACUGUGCUGCGCAUCACCCCGGAUAUGAUGGCCACCCUGGCCAAAUCUCAAGUCACUACUGUCAAACUGACUCAGGACCUCUUCACAGCUGCUGCGGGAAGCAGUGCCGGUGGGAAAGGCAUCUCUGCAACUUUGCACGUGACAUCCAAUCCUGUCCAGACUGCUGAUUCUCCAGCCAAGACUAGCACGGCCACUUCGGCUUCUUCCAGCCCAGCUGGAAGCACGGUGGUUAAAGUGACUCCUGACUUAAAGACUGCAGAGCCGACGAGCUCUGCUUUCCGACUGAUGCCUGCUCUGGGCAUGACUGUGGCAGAUCAGAAGAGCAAAGCCAUCACCACGGUGGCAUCCACCGAGGCCAAACCAGCUGCGACUAUCAGAAUCGUGCAGGGGCUAGGCGUGAUGCCGCCCAAAGCCGGGCAGACUAUUACUGUAGCUACUCACGCUAAGCAAGUGCCCUCCUCCUCAGCCGUGAGCGUGCCUGGCACAGUCCAUACCUCAGCUGUCUCUUUACCAACCAUGAGUGCCACAGUGUCGAAAGCAGUCGCUGUGGCCUCAGGAGCUGCUGGGACUCCCAUAACGAUAGGCGCAGGAGCCACUGCUGUGCGGCAGGUACCCGUCAGCACCACCGUGGUGUCUACAUCCCAGGCAGGUAAACUGCCAGCACGAAUAACGGUGCCUCUGUCGGUGAUCAGCCAGCCAGUGAAAGGCAAGAGCGUGGUGACUGCCCCCAUCAUCAAGGGCAACCUCGGGGCCAACAUCAGUGGAUUAGGUAGAAAUAUCAUCCUGACUACGAUGCCAGCAGGGACAAAACUGAUAGCUGGGAACAAGCCAGUGAGUUUCCUGACUGCACAGCAACUGCAGCAGCUGCAGCAGCAAGGCCAGGCCACGCAGGUGCGAAUUCAAACAGUACCAGCCUCCCAUCUCCAGCAGGGAACAGUGUCUGGCUCUACUAAAGCAGUUUCCACUGUGGUUGUGACAACAGCUCCAUCUCCAAAACAGACCCAAGAUCAGCUGUGAACACUGGUUUGAAAAAUGGAUUGCUUUCUAAGAACUUCCCUGAGUCUGUGGUCACCCUCCAUCCAACCACCCAAGACUACCUAACCGCAGUCAUGGCUAGGGAUUGGACUGGAUUCUGUCACCUUGCUUUUCUGGAGUCAGCAUUGUGAUGUCUAGGUAGAAAUUCCUCAG